AUGCAGUGUCGUAAAGUCGAACCGAAUGUGAUAAUGAAUUCGGCAAGAUUAGCACAACGUCCUGUUGAGGCAAAUUAGAUGGAGGAAGAGAUAAUUCAUGUAAUAAAGAGUCCGGACAAAAAGAGUCCCAAGAAUAGUAAAUCACUAAAAAGUGCAUCUUCUGGUCCAAUCAUAAAUUUGCAACAAUAGAUUAUAAUUCAUCAAAGUGCUCCUACCAAAGACUCUUAAGUUUUACUGAAAUUCUAAAAUUAAAUGAAGAAGAAGAAAAAGAAGAAGAAGGCUUAAAAGAAACAGAAAGCAUAACCAAUAGAAAAGCAAGGAUCAGACGUUAGGAUAGAUUAGAUACUGAAAUCAAACUUAAGAAAAUAUCAAAGUAUUUAAUAUGAUUUACAAAUUAGAGGAAAAAUAAGAAUAAAUGCAGAAAGAAGAAAUGCAAAAGUAGAGGGUAGUUAGUUUGAAUGAAAUGAGAAAAAUGAUGGAUUAGCAAAUAAGAUAAUUGAAUUAAUAAAGAUUUGUCAGAGUAAAUUUAACAUUUUAUUGUAUAAAGUCAAGAUCUCCACCAUCAUCUAUGUUACCUUGGGGUGUUAAUUAAAAUAAACUAAAGCAAUAUUGGACUAAGAUGUUGGAAAUCCAUGAUAAAUUAGAAAACCCUUAUCAAAUGAAUUAAAAUGCUACAGAAUAAGCAAUAAAAGAAAAAAUGAGAAGGCACAAGUUGGGAUUAGACUUUCUAAAUUCUAAACCUGAAAAAAGCAUCUAAAAAAUGAUCCAAAGUAAAUUCUAUUUAAAUUUUAGAAUAAAAAUCAAAAUAAGUCUUUGAAAAUAUUUAAUCUCCAAAAAAUCAGAAAAGUAAUUGCGAGAAUAAAGAGGCUGAAUAAGAUCUUAAGCUUUAUAUCCUGUAUAAGAGAGAAUUAUGGAGACAAUAAAAAAUUGAGGAGUAUCUAAUUUAAUUAUUACUUAGGAAGAAAUAAUAAAAAUUGAAAAAAGAAAAGUUGGAAUAAAAUUUGUAAAUACUAGAGAAAGAAGCUAAACAAUUUGCUAAAUCAAGGAACGCAUCUAUGAAAUCCAGUUUAGCAGUAUAAGCUGCUCCUAGUCAUGCACAGUAAUCAUCUCAACACUUUAGAACUUCUGAACCUCCUAAUUUUAACAAAUUGGAAAAAGAAUAUAAAGAACUUAUGAGAUCUCUUAGACAAUCCAGCUAUAGUAGUGCGUAAUCUCAUACAAGAAAAACAAGUUAAAUGAAGUUUAUAGAUUGGUUUUAGAAAUUGCCUGAAUCUUAUCUCUAAGAAUAACUGUCUUAAAUGUAAUCCAUAAAUGAACAAAUGAAUAAUAAGGGAUUUCAAUAUAAAUUAAGUGAAUAAGAAAUGUAUCAAUUUUUAGAGCAAUUUCUUAAAGAAAAGUUUGAAUAACAAACUAAAUCUACUAUUAAAGACAGAUUUAACGAAUUGUAAGAAAGAUUUUAAUAGGCAUCUUAAUAACAACCCUCGAAUAGCUAAUUAUAAUGUCUACAAUAAAAUAUAAAUCCUUAGAGUCAUUAGAGUAACAGAAGUUAAAAUUAAUAAGAAUUAGCAUCUAAAUCUCCAAAAGAAGCAACCUAAGAUGAAAUAACUGAAGAAUAAUUAGAGCAAGUGUACAAUGUGGCUGCUACUAUCAUAUAAAAGAUUUGGAGAGGCUAUAAGACAAGAUAAGUUGUUUUUGAAUAUCUUGAGUAUCUAAUUAAAUAGCAAGAAUUAGAGGAAUAAGAAAAAGAGGAACAAAAAUUACAGUAGCAGUUUGAGGGAUUGUCUUAAGAGGAAGAAAUCAAAUCUGUAAGUUAAAUGCAGGAUUCUGAAAUUAAAAUAAACCCUCUUGAAUUACAAUAAUAGGAUUCUCCAAAUCCUUAAUAUUAAGAUAAAGCCAUGCUAACCUUAGAGUCUUAAUAAUAAUAAUCAAGUUCAAGAGAAAAUAAAAGUGUUCCUAAUUAAACUAUUGAUUAAUUCUUAGAGGAAUAAUCAUCCCCUUAGAAAUCAUUUCAAUAAUAAUAAAAAUCAGAAUAAUCAUAAUUAUAAGUUUAAGAGUAAGAAAAUAACCAAAAUUAAUAAUAAGAAUCCGAAAAAAACAUUCAUUUAUAUCAUGGAUUGAAUUCUGAUCCAGAAUACUUUAUGCAAGUUAUUAAAUUAAGAGAAGAAGCCUUGUAAUUGAAAUAUGACUAAUAAUUAGCAUUGUUAGAGAAGAUGUUAGAUAAAAAGAAAGUCUCAAGUGAUUUGUUUUCAGAAAAUAAAGAUAAAUUGGAUAAAAGAUAUAAAAGGGAGAGGGAUAAGUUAUAAUAAUCGAAAAAUGAAGUGGAAAGAUUGCAUCAAAUGUUUAAAGAGACAAUAAAAUCAACACAAAAGGAUCAAUAAUUUAUGGAGAGAAUGAAAAUAUAGACUGAUGAAGAUAAUCUAUCCAUUUGGUAAAUUUUUUCAAUUCGUUCAGAAACAGAGUAUUCUGAUGUAGAAAUAGAAAAAAAAUAAAUUCCACAUUACGGUUUAUUAUAAUAAAUUAGUAAAUAUUAGUUAAUAAUUUAGAGAACGAUUAGUUUAAGAAGUAUUCUAAAAAUAGAAAAUAAGUGAGGAGUUUUGAUUAAUAAGUAAGUUUAGAUGAAAUUUCAAUGAAAAAUGAAGAAAUCUAAACAAGUACACUAUUUAAUGUUCACACAGAAUCCAUAAAUCAUUCUUUACAUAAAUCCUUAUAAAUAACAUCAACUCUCUAAUAAUCUAUACCUUCUUAAGAAGCAGUAUUAACUGAACAAAUAGAAGUUCCUGAGAAUAAAGUCAUUUAACUUAAAGAAUGCUCUAAUAACUCAAUAAUUCCUUUUGAUGAUAGAAAAAUUGAGAAUCUUACUGAUUAUAUACUUUAAAACAUCAUUUCAGAAUUUGCUGAAGAGAUGAAUGAUUUCCCAUUACAAUCUCUUGGCAUUUUGAUGGAAUGGGAUGAAGAAUCUCAAAUAGACUAACAGUUUCCCCCAGGAUUUCCAACAACUCUUAAUUUUAUUAAGGAUUAUCUUGUUUCAUUUAGUGAAUUUAUUCAAAGUAAGAAUUAUAUGAAUUUUAGAGCAUUAUCUCGCAAUUUUCUUAGAGUAGAUUAAUACUCCAUUGGGUAUUACACCUUCAGAUUUAUUAAAGACAAUUUCCCUUACUGGGAUGUCAUCAAAUGUUCUUGAUGAUUCAACAUCUGGACCUUUGUAUCCAUUAAUAAAACACAUCCAUCAAAUGGAACCUUUAAUUGAGGAAGAAAUUUGGUCAAAAUUUAAUUAAUCUUACGCUCUCAAAUUAAAAUACUUUAACGAUAUUAACAUAAGUGAGGAAUUUAAAGAAUUAGAAAUAUAUCACUUAAGAAUGAUUUAUGAAGCUUUUAAUGAAUCUAUAAAUUACAUAAGGCCAUUCGGAAUUAGAGGAUAACCAUAUCCAUGGAAGUCAAAUCCUUUGAAAGUUUACUAAAAUUAAACAACCAAAGAAUCUAUUGAUCGAGCUAUGGGAUUUGCUAUAUCUAAAAUGCUAAAAUGGGGUUCAUUUCUCUGCGGGUUUAUUCCUGAAAAAAUAGAAACUCCUCAAGGAGAAAUCAUUGUAAUAGAAGAUGACUACUUGAACUCAAUUAAAGAAGACAGAUUAUAGUAAAUGUUAGAAUAUGAAGUAAUUAAUAAUUUGACAAUUUUAGAUUCAAGAAUCGGAGGAAAAAUGGUUAAAUUAUGAGGAAGAGUAAGCUGAAGUGGCUGUGGAAAUAUCAGAUCUUGUUUUUGAAACUAUGUUGGAUGAAGCAGCAGAAGAGAUCUUCAAAAUUUCAUAAGCUUAUAAGUUCUAAACAUAAGUGAUUCACUAAUGAUUAAAAUAG